AUGUCACCUUGUUAUUUUCUUUUCGUCGAGUACGUUUUACACCGGCGUCAUGCAAGACAGUAUGUUUCUGUAAGCAUCUCUCUCUCUCUCUUUCACUCUCUCUUCCUCUGUCUUUCUAUUUCUCUCUCUGUCUUCCCCUUUCUCUCUCUCUUACUCUCUCUCCCUCUGUCUUUCUAUUUCUCUCUCUCUCACUCUCUCUUCCUCUGUCUUUCUCUUUCUCUCUCUCUCCCUCCGUCUUUCCCUUUCUCUCUCUCUCUCUUCCUCUGUCUUUCUCUUUCUCUCUCUCUCCCUCCGUCUUUCCCUUUCUCUCUCUCUCUCUUCCUCUGUCUUUCUCUUUCUAUCUCUCCCUCUGUCUUUCCUUUUCUCUCUCUCUCACUCUCUGUUCCUCUGUCUUUCUCUUUCUCUCUCUCUCCCUCCGUCUUUCCCUUUCUCUCUCUCUCUCUCCUCUGUCUUUCUCUUUCUAUCUCUCCCCUCUGUCUUUCCUUUCUCUCUCUCUCACUCUCUCUUCCUCUGUCUUUCUCUUUCUCUCUCUCUCCCUCCGUCUUUCCCUUUCUCUCUCUCUCUUCCUCUGUCUUUCUCUUUCUAUCUCUCCCUCUGUCUUUCCUUUUCUCUCUCUCUCACUCUCUGUUCCUCUGUCUUUCUCUUUUUCUCUCUCUCCCUCCGUCUUUCCCUUUCUCUCUCUCUCUCUUCCUCUGUCUUUCUAUCUCUCCCUCUGUCUUUCCCUUUCUCUCUCUCUCACUCUCUCUUCCUCUGUCUUUCUCUUUCUCUCUCUCUUCCUCCGUCUUUCCUUUUCUCUCUCUCUCUCUUCCUCUGUCUUUCUCUUUCUCUCUCUCUCCCUCCGUGUUUCCCUUUCUCUCUCUCUCUUCCUCUGUCUUUUCUCUUUCUCUCUCUCCCUCCGUCUUUCCCUUUCUCUCUCUCUCUCUUCCUCUGUCUUUCUCUUUCUAUCUCUCCCUCUGUCUUUCCUUUUCUCUCUCUCUCACUCUCUCUUCCUCUGUCUUUCUCUUUCUCUCUCUCUCCCUCCGUCUUUCCCUUUCUUUCACUCUCUCUUCCUCUGUCUUUCUCUUUCUCUCUCUCCCCUCCGUCUUUCCCUUUCUCUCUCUCUCUCCUCUGUCUUUCUCUUUCUCUCUCCCUCCGUCUUUCCCUUUCUCUCUCUCUCUCUUCCUCUCUUUCUUUUCUAUCUCUCCCUCUGUCUUUCCCUUUCUCUCUCUCUCCUCUCUCUUCCUCUGUCUUUCUCUUUCUCUCUCUCUCCUCCAUCUUUCCCUUUCUCUCACUCUCUCUUCCUCUGUCUUUCUCUUUCUCUCUCUCUCCCUCCGUCUUUCCCUUUCUCUCUCUCUCUCUUCCUCUGUCUUUCUCUUUCUCUCUCUCUCCCUCCGUCUUUCCCUUUCUCUCUCUCUCUCUCUCUUCCUCUGUCUUUCUCUUUCUAUCUCUCCCUCUGUCUUUCCUUUUCUCUCUCUCUCACUCUCUGUUCCUCUGUCUUUCUCUUUCUCUCUCUCCCUUUUUCUCUCUCUCUCCCUCUGUCUUUCUCUUUCUCUCUCUCUCACUGUCUUUCUCUUUCUCUCCCUCUGUCUUUCCCUUUCUCACUCUCUCCCUCUCUCUCCCUCUGUUUUUCUCUCUCUUUCACUCUCCCUCUCUCUCCCUCUGUCUUUCUUUGUCUUUCCCUCUGUCUUUCCCUUUCUCUCUCUCCCUCUGUCUUUCUCUUUCUCUCUCUGUAACUCUCACUGUCUCUCCCUCUGUCUUUCUCUUUCUCUCUCACUCUCUUUCCUUUUCCCUUUCUCUCUAUCUAUGACGUCUACGUGUCUGUAA